AUGCGUUUGUAUUCAAUUUUGCGCUUUAUUGCACUCUUUGCACUGCUUUGCAUCGUGAACCUAUCUGCUGCCAGCCCGCUAGUUUCAGGCAGUCUACCACCAGAGAAACAGCAUGAACCUACUCCUGAUGCCGACCAGAUUCAGCUCGCAAAUCACAGUACUUCAGGUAUGACCAGUCAAGUCUUUGACUACCGAUGCGGUCCUCCUCACCUGAUGUUGUGUCCCCCCAAUGCUUGCUGCUCUGGUGCUGGCUUCUGCGGAACGACUAGGGCACACUGUCGCUCCCCCGAUUGCCAGAUCAACUUUGGGCACUGUGACGCUCACAAGACCCCCAAAGGUACCCCCACGAAGGAUAUUCCUCGGCCUCACGUCGGCCAAGUUCCGUAUGGCCCCGUGGAGAUUCGUUCAUGCAUGAUGCCUGGCACAGUUGCCUUGACAUUUGACGAUGGUCCCUCGAGAUACACCGGCGAUCUCCUUGAUCUUCUCGAUCGUUACCACGCCCCCGCGACAUUCUUUGUCACCGGUAUCAACAACGGUAAAGGCCCGAUUGAUGACACCGACCUGCCCUGGGCUCGCAUGAUCGAGCGUAUGGUGCGCAGCGGUCAUCAAGUUGCCAGUCACACUUGGUCCCACCAAGAUUUGAGCAAGAUUACCCAGGAUCAGCGCCGUGAGCAAAUGGAGAAAAAUGAAGGUGCUGUGCGGAAUAUAUUAGGAUAUUUCCCAACAUACAUGCGUCCGCCUUACUCAAGUUGUGUCAAUGGUUGCCUGGAGGAUUUGGGCGAUUGGGGAUAUCACAUCACUCUGUAUGAUAUCGAUACCGACGAUUACAAGAAUGACGACCCGGCUUUGAUCCAGCGAUCCAAGGACAUAUUUGACAAAUCUUUGCAUUCGGCUAACCCUCUGACGCGAUCCUGGUUGGUCAUCGCGCAUGAUGCUCACGAACAAACUGUGUAUAAUCUCACAGAACACAUGCUAAAGACGAUCUUCCGUCUCGGAUUCCGCCCAGUGACCGUUGGCGACUGUUUGCAGGACCCACGUGAUAAUUGGUAUCGUAAUGAUACAAGCUGGUAUGGACGUGAUAAGGGGGGUCCCAAGAAGAAAGGCCCCGGAAAGCCCCUCACGCAGACAAACUCGAAAGACGGCACUUGUGGGAAGAACUUCACCUGUUGGGGAUCAAAAUUUGGCCUUUGUUGCGGUAAUAAGGCUAAGUGCGGGAACACAACCACCCACUGUGGUUAUGGAUGCAACAGCAAUGCAGGAUACUGUACAGUUGAUGUUCCCCCCAGUGGCGAUGCCUGGGACCCCCGUGUCCCCAAGUUCCCAAAAGGUGGCAGCAAGACCAGUUCUGAGGCAGACUCUGAAUUCCGAACUGUCGGGGCUGCAGCUUUGACCUCUUUGCUUCUGGCUCUCGUGGUUGCGAUGUGGAUGUGA